CGUGUAUCCAUCACUAUUUCUCUCCUUUCCGAACAUCAAAAUUAGGUCAUGGAGGGGCGAAAACAAAAUGCCUCAAUCAUUUUCUUGUCUUCCCAACACAUCUAUUUUCUCUUUGAGGGGAGAAGGGAGAGAAGAUAAAGGGAAAAAAAACAAUACAAAUUAAUCCAAGUUUGAAAUAAAAAUUCAAACUUUUGAAGAUCUUCGGAAUCUCACAACUGUCACCAGUGUUUAUCCAUUCGGACUAUUCCCUAGAUCUGAUCGAGCGAUGCACUGAAACCGUGGGUGAAAAACCUUUUUAAUCAUCUGGGGAGUGAAGGAAGCUGUCCAAGUUAAGAACUUGAGCUGUGAUGCAACUUUGACUUGCUGAGUUUGUUUCUGGGUUGGAUUGUUUUUGCUUGAAAUUGAUUGACUUGUUUCCACAUUUGAAUUUAUACAAUGGUUUUCUGGGAAGGAUAUGUGAGCGAUGAAUUGAUGGGCACGUUUGCCCCUAUUGUGCUUUAUUGGGUAUAUGCUGGGUUUUAUCACUUGCUCCCACCUUUAGAUAGGUAUCGGUUGCAUACCAGGAGAGAUGAGGAAACGAAGAAUUUGGUGCCCUUUUCAACAGUUGUGAAGGGUGUUUUACUUCAGCAGCUUGUUCAGGCAAUUGUAGCACUCUUCUUGUUGACCGCAACAGCAAGUGCAUCUGGGGUUAUAGUGCAGCCUUCUAUCCCCAAGCAAAUUUUGCAGAUUGCUAUUGCAAUGUUUGUGAUGGAUACAUGGCAGUACUUUGUGCAUCGGUAUAUGCAUCAGAACAAGUUCUUAUAUCGCCAUAUCCACUCCCAGCAUCACAGACUGGUUGUUCCUUAUGCAAUAGGAGCCCUUUACAAUCACCCCAUUGAGGGUCUUCUACUUGACACUGUAGGUGGGGCAAUCUCAUAUCUUGUCUCAGGGAUGACUGCAAGAACAGCAGCUGUAUUCUUCUGCUUCGCUGUUGUGAAAACUGUUGAUGAUCACUGUGGACUGUGGUUGCCUGGCAACAUCUUCCAUAUCUUUUUCCAGAAUAACACAGCUUACCAUGACAUUCAUCAUCAACUGCAAGGGCUGAAGUACAAUUAUUCUCAGCCAUUCUUUUCCAUAUGGGACAAACUUCUUGGGACAUACAUGCCUUUCGAUCUUGUAAAGCGGCCCAAAGGGGGGUUUGAGGCAAGGCUAGCAAAGGAAUAGUCCCACUGUAAUUGUUGAAACUCACAUCUGAUGGCAUCAUUUUUCCUUAGGACCAGACCAGAGGCUUUACUGUAGGCAUUUCUCAAGUUCAUUGGAGCUUACUGGCUUUUUCUGUUCGUCUUGUUACUGUAGGUUUUCCAACCCACUUUGUGUAGCAUAACUAUGAUGAUGUGAUUAAGGAGUCUUUUCAUUAUUUAUUAUGAUGUACUUAAAACACAUUUUUGAAGGUGUAAGUUGCUAAAAGAGUACCAGGUUUUUACGCUGCCAUUAUUUGUUAUUCCUACUACUGGUUCACUUGUAUAAUUUAUUUUGAAUUUUUAUUGUAAUCCAGAACCAUUGGGUUGUCGAAGAUAUCAUCAUAAUUCAUUUACUUUUGAAUGGUUAA